AUGCCUGCCAAGAAAGAUGAACUGCAAAUUCUGAGCUCCUCCAUGGGUGCCGAAGACCGCGAGCUCCGCCACGGCGAGAGCUCCGCCCUUCUCGACCCGGUCAAGGAGGCCAAGAUGAUGAGAAAGUUCGAUAUCUUUGCAGUUGGCAUGUUGGGUAUUCUGUAUCUGCUCGCAAAUCUCGACAGGUCGAACAUAGGUAAUGCUCAAGUCGCUGGCAUGCCUGACGAACUUGGCCUCGUAGGAAACCAGUACGGCAAUGCCGUCACCCUCCUUUACGCGACAUACGUUCCUUUCGAGCUGCCAGUCGCUAUUUUGCUCAAAAUCAUCGGCCCCAAGUGGCUCCUCACUUGCUGCUCCGCCGCCUGGGGACUGGUGUGUCUUGCCACCGGUUUCGUCCAGAACUGGCAAGGACUGUACACCUGCCGCCUGUUGAUUGGCUUCUUUGAGGCCGGACUCAUCCCCUGCAUCAACGUUUAUCUCGGCAUGGUGUACAAGAAAAGUGAGCGCGGUAAGAGAUCGUCUGUUAUCUUUGCCUUCAGCGCAUUCGCCUCUGCUUUUGGCGGCAUCCUGGCCUAUGCCCUGACGCAAAUCAAGACGAGCACCUACUUCACCUCCUGGCGGGCUCUGUUCAUUUUCGAGGGCGGCCUUACCCUCGUCUGCGUCCCUUUCUUCUGGUACGCGUUUCCGCACGAGCCGCGCAAGGCGUGGUUCCUGUCGGAAGAAGAAAAAGAGAUGAUGAGGCUCCGAUACGAACUCGACCCACACUGGGGCAUUGACGAGAAGUUCACCUGGUCUGCGGUAGCGAACGCGCUGACGGACCCGAAAUGGCAUGCAUUUUGGAUCUUCCAGUUCUGCGUGGACGUGUCGCUGUACGGCUUCACGACCUUCUUGCCCAAGAUCAUCAACGGGCUGGGGUACAGCUCGGUGACGGCGAACCUGAUGACGGUGCCCAUCUACAUGUGGGGGCUGUGCACGUUCCUGUUCACGGCGUACAUGUCGGACAAGCAGCGGCGACGGGGCUGCUGGAUCGCGGGGCCGCUGGUGUGCCUGGUGAUCGGAUACGCGAUGCUCAUCUCGGUGGACAGCCUCGGGGUGCGCUAUUUUGCCUGUUUCGUGGCCGUCAUGGGCAUCUACCCCACGACGGGGCUCAGCAUGAUGUGGCUGCAGGACAACGCGGCGCAGCAUUUCAAGCGGGCGACGAUGGUGGGCGGGGCGCUGACGCUGGGCAACACGGCGGGCGUUGCCGUCGGGCAAAUCUUUACGACGGCAUCGGCGCCGCGCUACAUCAAAGGGCUGUCGAUCGCGCUUGGACUUGCAGUGGUUGCGCUGUGCAUGGUGGGCGGGCUGAUGGCUGGCAUGGCGCGGGCGAACCGGCGGCGGGCGGAGCGGCUGCGCAAGGCGGAAGAGGCGGGCGUGCCGCUGCAGGCGCAGCCGGAGAAGGGCGACAUGGACGUGUAUUUUGUGUACAGCUUGUAG